AUGGACCCCAAAAUCCGCCAACGCACAAUCGACCACAUGAACCGCGACCACCAGGCGGAAUUGGCGCACUACCUGGAAUUCUACAGCGGCGUGGACAGGUGGGUGGCCACGUCCAACCCUGAGAUGGUGGACAUGACGCUGGAUGCCAUGGUGGUCCGCGCGGGCGACGGGACGGACCACCGCAUCGUCUUCGACCCGCCCCUGGCGUCGGCGGCCGACUCGCGCCGCCGCCUGAUCGACAUGGACGUGGUGGCCCGGGAGGCCCUCAGCGACGACCGGCUGACGGUGUACGCGCCGCCCACGGGCGUGGGGGCUGCCGUCUUCGGCAGCGUCGUCUUCUACAUCGUCUGCUGGCUCACGCUGCCCCGCGUCACGCCCGGCACCGAGGCCUGGAGGCUGCUGACCGACUACUGGCCCGGCGGGCCCGAUGUGUACCGGUCCGUCGUGCAGCUGUUAUUCUGGCCCACCCUGCUCAUCCACAUUGUCGAGACGGCCGUGUUCGACAGGGUUCGCAUGGCCAGGUACAGGGUCCCGCGCUUCUCGAGGCUCUGGUGGCUCUGGUCGCUCAACUGCCUCAUCGAGGGGUUCCCUACCUUCAAGAGGGUGGAUGCCAUCAUGAAGGCAAAGAUGCAGGCCGGCAAGAAGGAGUGA